AAACAGACGCAGGGGGUAAAGUUCGUACAAAUAAGCAACACUCAUCGACUUCGCAACGGCAUUGCUGAGUCCCAUCAAGCGAAGAAUAAAAACGGGUAAUAAAUUCAUACAAAAUAAGUGUAGGGAAUUGAUUUCAGAAGAAUGGACCCAACGGAGAACUCAGCAUCCAAAGAAUACAAAAUCGCCAGGCUGUCGCCAGCGGCGUUAUUCAAGUCAGUGACGUCCGUGGGCUCGGAGCUGUCGAGGAGGGUGUGGGCUGCCCCCAGCCCCCCACAGAGACCCUUCCGAGUGUGUACCCACGAUCGCAGGGUCAAGAAAGGGGUGACUGCGGGUACACUGCAGGAGCUCAUAGACAAGGCGAUGGACGCUCUGCUCCUGUCCUCGCUGGUCUCCGUGGUUCUGGACUCGGACGGCACAGAGGUGGACAGUGACGAGUUCUUCCAGUUGCUGGACGAUGACUCGACUUUCAUGAUGCUGCAGCCGGGGGAGAACUGGAGAGGGAGCGGGGGGAGGGGUGUUCUCUCCUACUCUCUGAAUCAGAAGCCUCGCCACGCCAAGGACAUCGCCCGUGUAACCUUUGACCUCUACAAGCUGAACCCUCGCGACCUCUUCGGCAGCCUCAAUGUGAAGGCCACCUUCUACGGGCUGUACUCCAUGAGCCUGGACUUCAAGUGCCUGGGACCCAAGAAAGUGAUGAGGGAGCUCCUCCGCCUCUCCUCCACUCUCCUCUUCGCUCUGGGGAAGAUCCUCCUCUCCUCCGCCUCCUUCAUCCGACACACCAUCGAGGGAGCCGACCACUGGCAGCGCCCCGCCAGGGAGGCAGAGUGCUGGGAGUGAGAGCAGGGGGACUGGGAGGGACUGGGAGGGACUGGGGAGAAUAAAACAACUUGGGAGGGGGCUUAAUAUGGAUUUUGGGAGAAGCUAAAAUUGACAUUAGAGGGACUAAGAGACAGAGG